UUCAUGGGCAGAUCUAAUGGUGAUCUCUUUUUCGGGUGUAACGUGCAUCUUUGGUUGCUGACUUUCCAUCCCCCGGAUAUAAAGACCUUGGCUUCGAAAGCUGAAGGCCUCCAUUAGGGUUUAAUCCGCAGCGAAGCAGAACAGAUGGGUAAGGGAACGGGGAGCUUCGGGAAGCGGAGGAACAAGACCCACACCCUCUGCGUCCGCUGCGGGCGCCGGAGCUUCCACCUUCAGAAGAGCCGAUGCGCCGCCUGCGGGUACCCGUCCGCCCGGAUCCGCAAAUAUAACUGGAGCGUGAAGGCGAUCCGGAGAAAGACGACCGGGACUGGGAGGAUGAGGUACCUCCGCCACGUCCCUCGCCGCUUCAAGAGCAACUUCCGUGAAGGUACUCAAGCGGCUCCGAGGAAAAAGGCGGCGGCGGCCUCUGCAUCCUUCUAAUGCUUGAAAAAGAGCGAAAUUUAUAUUCAUAAUUUUGUGAUUUCCCGUUAUUUAGCUGAACUUAUGCUGCUAUUGUUUGCUUUUCUUUUUACGGAGAAUGUGGGUGUGGCUUCGAUCUUGUCUGAUUAGAGACUUACUGAAUGAAGGCAGUAUUUUUCUUUUUAUUUCUAUAUUAAGUGUUAUAUUGUGA